AUGCUCGGGACGUACCUACCCCUCCUGACCGUAUGUUGUUCAUUCGUUCUCGUGCGCUCCGAGGAAAACGUGACCAGCCACGCGUCCUCGAGGAGCGACGAUGACCCGUCCCAAAAGUUCAAGAAGGCCGUCUGGACGACGCGGAGUUCCGGGAAGACUUCAUGGAAUUUUCCCGCCCUGGCUACGGAUUCGACGAGCGUUCGCGUGAUCAGUGCCGACGCUCCGAAGAAACCUUCGCGACAGGAUUCGGCGAACCACUUCGAAAAGAAGUCCAGCCCCGAAGCGCACGUUCUGAAGUACACAGCUCAGGCCGCCCCGGAUAACACCGACUACUACCACGACCUGACGUCGACGCUCAGUGACAUCGCAAACUUCGAGAAUUCUCGUUCGAAGGACUACGCCAAGUAUUUCGCUCAGCGGGUGGUUCAUCCGAUGUCGACAGCCGCAGCGGCAAACGGUCCCCGAAUCCUGGACAUCGUGAUGCACAACGACCCCUAUCGCAACCCUCGCAGAGGACUCCAGGAGCACGAGAAGCUCUUCGCGCAGGAGUCGAAUUCCAAGAACACUUUCUACUACGAGCCGGCACCCAACAUAAAGAAGAACGACAAGUACGACCAGCGGGGGUCCGGAUUGUUCUCGGAGAAGAACAGACGCUACGAUUUCGACUAUGAUUCUCGGGAAUUGGACCAUCGGUCAGACCGCAGGGACGACCACUGGGACGAUUGGGACGACUACCACUACGAGAAAUACCACCAUGAUAAACACCACAAGAAGGAUUACGAUUACAUCCUGCCGUUGCUUCUGCUGAUCUUGGCGCCGCUCGCCGUCUCAUCGUUUCUCAUGCCGGUCACGGCGACGUUGAUGUCGAACUCACUGUACUACGCAGGAGCCCAAGGCGCAGUUUUUCAAGGUCGUAAGAAAAGGUCGCUCGACGGCCGGGCAGAGCAACGGGACCUCCUGAUUGAUUUGAUGAUGCUGCUCGAAGAGGCGAUCGAGCACUUUGAGAAAAAGGCGAGGAAAUCGCGGCGGAUCGCGAAAACUGCGGAAACGGAAUCGUGA